AUGGCAAUGAUCAACAAGCUUUUGACAGUUCCAGCUCCCCCAUUGAGCAAACAUCCAUCUCACAAUUCCAACAAAGUCCAGACCCAAGAUUUUACCUUCACAAACUUACCAGAUGUAACCAUAUACACCAAAUCAAACAAGUGCACUCUCAAGUAA